AUGUCGAAAUCCGCUUCAAUCCCACAGUCGGCUCGGGUCCAGAAGGUCUGUACUCUCUGGACUCAUGACGACAACUUUUCAAGAGAUGAAAUCGUUUUCAAUGGAGAGAAAUUCCCAGAACUGCCCACUAGUGCCGGCGCGCUCCUCCAGAUCGUGGCGAUACAUACGGACAAUGCUGUUCGAGACUUUUACACGGAAUCCAAAGUCGAUACCUUGCACAAGGAUGCAAAUGGGGAUAGUCAUUCAAAGAGACAUCGACGGGACUCGAUAACGAUAACCGUUGAUGAAAAUGGCUCGACUAUCCCGGAGGGUCGCCAUGUUGACGCGGACAAGGCCUAUGUCUUUGUUCCUAAAGCGCUUCCCGCAACCAUGGAGUCCAAGUAUCCAAAUCUGCAAGUCUCAAUAUCUGAGAGGAUUGCCAAGGUAUUCGGGUUCCGCAACAGGAUGCAGGUCGUAGUGACUGAGGCUGAUGAGGAUGCGCACGAGGCUCAUCACGUGGAGAUCGUUUUUCGGGACGAGUAUCUCGCACGCGCAGACAUGUGGCGUAUGGCGAUCGCCGAACUCAGCAAGCGGACGGUCUACCGAGGCCAAAGGCUACUGUUCAUGGGUACCAUCAAGGCCACGAUCAAACACAUAUACAUCAACGGUCAGUCGGUUCAUUCUGGCUACUUCUCGCCCAAGUCGAAGCCUAUAUUCCGCAGCGAAUCAGCACGAUACACACUUUUCAUCCAGAUGUCCAGAGAAAUGUGGGAUUUCGAUACUGAAGGCGCUGGCGAGAUCAUGUUCAACAAGGUCGUAAGCGGAUUUCUUCCAGACUUGUUCAAGAGAUGGCUGCGAAUAAAUGCACGACAUUUGGUCACCAUCAUCCUCUUUACAAGAAUGCAAUACGAUGGAGAGCUCCUGGCCGAUCGCCCGGAAGGGACCACGAGCAACACGUACGCCGAUUCGCAUUCGGGCACCUUCAGAGACUACUACAGAGUUGUCGUGAGCGACAUGGCCAGCGGCGAUUGGAUCAACAUUCUCUAUCAGCUAAAGAAGGAGUUUAGGAUGUUUCUUCGGGAGGUGUCUCUGGUCCGUAAGCCGGUGAAGCACGUCAACGAGGAAACGGGAUCUGAAGACCCAGCCACUGAUGUCGUCGUAGCUGGUCGACCUUCUUCCGCAAGCCAAGGCAACAUCCUAGAAGCCAUCAAUCUGGCAGCGGCUCAAUUUGCCAAAGACUACAUCGAUCGCGAUCUCGUCCGCACGGGCAUCUCCGUCAUCGUUGUUACUCCGGGCACUGGCGUCUUUGAGGUUGACUACAACAUGCUCAAGCUGACCACGGAUACCCUGAUUGGGUCGGGUAUCGGAAUUGAUCUAGUGUGUCUCUCGCCGAUGCCUCUUCACUCCGUGCCCCUGUUCAAAUACCAAACGCCUCGUUCGGUGUCCGACUUGAAAGCCGAGCACGACAGGGAACAGCAUGCUUCUCCGAGGAUGUCGCGGACAGAAGAGGACAAAACUCCCCGCCAGAGUCAACCAGACUUUGGCUCCAUGUCACGCGCUUCCACCGUACGACACAUACCGAUGGACGUGUCCACCGACUCAUCGGACGGAUGGAGGUUCGCAAUGCCGUACUGGGUCGAUGUGUCGUUCUGGUCUGGAACGUCUGAGGAGAUUCUAGAACUCACAAAACCACGAAAGGCGGACAAGAUUGUAAAGAAGUCUCGCAAGAAAGGUCGCAUCUUCUCUCUACGGUGCCGAUUGUACGAGCUGCAGAUGAUGGGUGUCAUGGAGAAUGAGGUGGGUGAUAUAGCGAUUCCCUACCUGGAAGAGGACCCAAUGUACCCACACCAUCUGCGCGAGUUGUUCGAACCGAAUGGAGAAGGCCCGCAGAUCGCACCAGCAACCAAACCUUCCGCAGCUGCGGCCGGCUCGUAUUCUUCGCGGGGCGACAAAGAAUAUAACGAGGAUCAGCUGGACGAAACAAGGGCUGCCCAAAAGGCCUGGAUGGAGGCAUACGACGGCGGAGUCUUUUCUCCUCUCGUAGAGAGACACUCUGCAUUGGACCAACUCCAAGCUCGCAAGCGAAGGCUGAGCGAUGAAAUCACCAGCGGAUCACCAGACCUGUCACGAAGUCUGCGUCUAUCUUCUUCUUUCCGUAGUACUGGUCCGUCAUUCGGGAAGACAGCUCGACCUCCACCAGACACGAACUUUCCGCAGCUGAUGCGCGAGAGAUCGAAAGACGUCGAAAGCCAAUCUCCGCGAGGCAGCACCUACCGUAUGCCAAACCUCAAAAGCGAGGGCAUGCCGCGAGCCGAUGUUUUGCGGCGGCAGAACAAUUUGACUAGAGAUAAUGCUAGCGCCGGACGCCCUACGGUACAUAAAAGAGGUGGUUCUGGAGACUCCCAAGAUCAUCGCCAAACCGUAAACUCUACCCAGAGACAUCCACCAGCUCCGGCUACAAGCCGCGGGUCAUCCCCCAGGCGAACUGGGCUCUUGCCGACUAGUGCCGGAACGCCAGCACCAGCUAAGCAGGACCUGAAGAGCAGACCUUCCAAUUGGUUUCUUAGGCAGAUGAGCUUUGGUGGAAAGGCUGCGCCGGCAAAACCAACUCUUGGCGAUGCCACGAUCGAUAUCAGUCAGGGGAAAGUGAAACCUGCAAUGCUGACUGUUGAGAAGAAUCAAAAAGGCGCCAUUGCGGAACGGCUGGCGAGCACUCGCCAUACUUCUACAGGGAAGCCGUCGCAGCCGAUUGCGAUAAAACCUGCAUCGCGCGCAGGCCCUACGUCAGCCGAAUCUCUUGCGUCUGACCGCGCAAGCCGCUCGGUUGAGACUGUGAGGGUAGCGCGAUCCGACCGAUCCAAUGUGCCUUCGCAGCCUGGCUCAGUCGUGAGGGACCCUGGGUCAACAUUUUUACUUGCGGGAGCGCGAGGUGCAGGUGAGCACGGUGGACCGAAACCAGACCUCUCUUCUAGUGGAGGUGGUAGAGAAGCUCCCCGGACUCUGUCUCCAACAAGCGCGAUCGCUCCUUGGGCAGUCCUGGUCAACCCGUGUAACCCGAAGAAAAACAUUAUAAGCUCUAAGAACCAGUACCGGCGCUGGCAUCACGUCUUCCCUAGGACGCUGAGGACAGGCACGGUGAAGUGGAGGUCGUUGUGUUCGCCUGCUGCAGUACCGCUGACCCACGAGUGGUUCCCUUCUGUUGACCAAAUAGCAUCAGAGUACAACGAAAGUCCAUAUAAAAUUACGCAGAAUGAGGACGACGAUAUUCUGGAAGCACCAAAGAGCCGAGAGUCUCUUAUCAAAGAGCUAAUCGCCUUUCGCCUCUCCCACGGGUUCCAAAUCAUCGUUGGUUCUUCCGUAGCGGAGUUUUCAGGCCGGCAAGAGAAGACUCUCGCUAGCAUUCUUGAUCCCGAGUACAUGUCUAGUGAUGGAGACACUGUUUUCAUGAGCGUUGGAAACAGUAUCCACCAGCUAGUGUGUGUAGCUGGGGGAGAGGUAGAGGUAAGGAGAUACAACCGGAAGCCCACCACAGCACUGGAGUCGUCUGCUGGCAUUGAUACGCCUUUCUCGUACAAACCUUUUAUCCGCACUGCGUUUGAAGACACAUAUGACCCUCGAGAAGUUGUGUUACGUCCACCACGGAGAGAAUACAACUGGAACAUCAUCGACACUUUCUUGGCUGGAUACCAUGACGAGUUCUCGGAGAUACUGCGCUUCUGGAGGGCUCGCUUUGUCCUAAUUCCAGUGGAUAUACCAGCCAUGCAUCGGAGACCGUUGCCUAUGCAGGACUCGCCUGAGGAGAUCCGGCUCGAGGGAAUUCGCAAGCUUACUCAACUGUGGCAGAAGUUCCGCUAUAUUCCUCCAGAAGAGCGCUACUUCCAGCCAGCGUCCAUUUUGAAACAAAAGGACCCGAAUCCGCUUGCAAUUGAAUACCACACACGCGAUCCCUCGGCGGUCGUUGCGGCCGGCCCGGAUCACUCCCUGCUCAACGACACUGACAGCGAGUUCCAGACGUCCAUCUUCUCCGAUGCGGAAAAAUACCACACGUCUAGUAUAGACAUCAAAAAGCUCGCGGAAGACUUGCAGGGCGAAAAGGGGAUUCAGAUGCUUGACCGUCGAUGGCAUCUCAAGUUGCACUACAACUGUUUUCUCGGCUUUGACCUCACUAACUGGCUGCUCUCAAACUUCAAAGACAUCGAAACGCGGGACGAGGCGGUAGACUUUGGCAACGAGCUGAUGAAGAAAGGCCUCUUCCAGCACGUGCAGGGACGGCAUCAUUUCCGCGAUGGCAACUUUUUCUUCCAGAUCGCGGCAGAGCACAGGGCUCCACGGGUCGAAUCUCGAACUGGGUGGUUUGGUAUGCGCAAGACGGACAAGUCUGUUCCUUCCACGCCGCUGGCGGAGGCGCCUCGCACGUCGCCUCUUUUAUCAAAGCACACCAAGUCACGUCCGGACACUGCCGAUUCUUCGUCCAACAGCUCCGGUUCACUCGAAGAAGGGGAGAAAACACCAACACGCGGCGAACCACAUAAGCGGAAAGUCGUCAUGUCACGCGUUAUGCGCUAUGAUGUAGACCCCAGAAAGCGUUCGUACCGACCCGAGAUCAUUUCACUGCACUACGAUCGGUUGCAUAACCCCGAUAACUGCUAUCACAUCCGUAUCGACUGGAUGAAUGUUACUGCAAAGCUCAUCGAAGAUGCCAUCGUUACUUGGGCCACGAGCGUGGAGAAGUAUGGUCUGAAACUGGUGGAGGUGCCCAUCGCGGAGGUGGCGGACAUCGUCGAUAACCAUCCAUUCCGUUCGCCCUAUGUAGUCAAGCUUGCACUACAGCCUCCCCAGGCUCAGCCUGAGGCGAUGUGGGAUUCGACGAGCUUCUCUCCACAGUACCCGAAAACCGACAAGUUUGCAUAUCACAAGCUCCUGCUUCGAAGGCUCAACUUUGUGUUGGACAUGGAAGCUGCAAGUGCUUUUCCACCCGACGUUGAAGUUACGUAUUCCUGGGGCACGCCUGAUUACAAGUAUACACAGUUCAUCCACAAGAGCGGAGGCCUGCUUGCCCAGAUAUCUGACGACGGAAACCUCCUUCUGCUAGCAAAUAGGCUCGCGCACAACCGUGCCAAAGACCACAGCAGGAUCCGGCCUGUGGAUCCCUACGAGCACAAGAAAGCCACCACAGACGGUAGUCAAAGCAGCCGUUUACCAUCGACACCCGCAGUAGAGCGUGGCAACCCGCACCGCAGUCCCUUUGCGAGUCCGCUGGCACGACCAGUCCAAGAUUCCAGUCUCCUCCACACUGCGCUCACAUUCCACGACCCGAGAUCAGCAGCGACCACUCCAGCCGCUGCAUCUAGUGUUCCUCUCACCCCUGAACAGGUCAAAGAUGAGGUUGAAGCUUUCUGCUCCAACGCCUCGCUGCUGUCCGCAUUCUAUGCCGAAGCUUUCCGCCAUGCUCCAUCUCCGUCUCCACGAAUUUUACCAAUAGGGGAAGACAAGAUUCCAAGCUUGGGACUGCCGCCAGCGAUCAGUAUCAGGGACGCUAGCCCAGCAACCGGAGGCUGGACACUAAGUAGCACAUUUGGGGGGCCUGGCGGGAUAGCUGGCCGUAGACAGGGCAGUGAGGGGAGCAUGUAUAGCAUGGGGAAAAGGGGCAGUGUGGUCGAGGGCAUGGAGAGAGCACCGCGACGACAGAAUAGUCAGGGGAGCGCUGGAACCGGAACGUAG